GGGGCUUGGGCGUCUGCUGGCCGGAGAGGAAGGGGGACGAGUGGCGGCGCCGCACCCCGAAAUUGCCCCCUCGAUCGUCGCUGCGAGCCCGCCCGGGCCUUAGGCCCCCGCCUCCAGGAAGGUGCCCGGGAGCAAGGCUCGCGGAAUGAUCAACAAGGCUCCCAAACUGGACCUGGGCCUUGAGCUUCCAGAGAAAAAGAAGAAGAAGAAAAAGAAGUUGGCCAAAGAGGCAGAGACUCGGUACUCGGUUCUCAACAAUGACCCCUGUUUCCUGGCCGCGUCUCCGCGGAGGAGCGGGGCCCAGGGACAGGCACCUGACGUGCCGCUAGUGGUGAAGAAGAAAAAGAAGAAGAAAAACCAGAGCAGCGCGCUGGGCGAGGAGCCCCCGGAACCCGAGCUCUCCUCGCGGGCCCGGCGGACGAAGAAGUCACCGAGCCCCCGGAAGCAGUCCCCCAGCCACUCGGAGUUCCUCGGCGGGGAGAAGAAAAAGAAGCGGAAGUCCGCGGUACCUCUGGCCGUGCCCCAUGGCUUGAGGGUCAAGGUUUCCCCAGACCCCAGACAGGGGGAGGAGGUGAGCAGAGCCAGCAAGAAGCCCAAAAAACACAAGAAGGAAAAAAAGGCCCAGGAGCCUGGCGCCUUCGCAGUGCGGGACCCUUGGUUCCUGGAGGUGGAGGACGCCCUGUGCAGGUGCGCAGCGGGCCAGGAGGGGGGCGAGGAGCAGGCGGCUGCGGGUCAGAAGCGGAAGCAGGGCAGCUCCAGGGAGCACCCGGCGAAGGCGAAGAAGAAGAAGAAGAAGAAAGUCCACCAGGAGGAAGACACCCUCUUGGGCCAGUGCCCGCUCUCCAGGUCCUCGGAGAGCAGCCCUCGGAGAGGCAGCAAAAAGAAGCCGGUCAAGGUCGACGCCCCCGAGUAUAUCCCCAUAGGAGAUGGCCCCAAGACCCCCACGAAGAAGAAAACCAAGUCCAAGAAGAAGGUGGAGCAGCCGGUCCUCGAGGAGCCCGCUCUGAAAAAGAAGAAGAAGAAGAAGCGGAAAGAGAGCGAGGUGCCAGGCGACCUCUGGGACGAGGAGCCAGACACAGACUUAGAGGUGGUGUUGGUAAAGAAAGGCAACACGGACGAGGCGCACAUAGACCAGGUGAGGCGAAAGGCCUUGCAAGAAGAGAUCGAUCGGGAGUCGGGCAAGACGGAAGUUUCGGAAACCAGGACGUGGACGGGGACGCAGUUUGGCCAGUGGGAUACCGCCGGGUUUGAAAACGAGGAGCAGAAGCUGAAAUUUCUCAAACUCAUGGGCGGCUUUAAGAACCUGUCCCCUUCCUUCAGCCGCCCCCCCAGCACGCUCGGGAGGCCCAACAUGGCCCUCAGCAAGCAGGCCGCGGACAGCCUGCAGCAGGGCCUGCAGCGGGACUACGACCGGGCCAUGAGCUGGAAGUACAGCCGCGGCGCUGGCCUCGGCUUCGCCCCCGCCUCGGACAAGAUCUUCUACAUCGACAGGAACGCUUCCAAGUCCGUGCGGCUGGACGAUUAAACCGCGUAUCUGGUCCCCGGCACAGCCCCCGGUGCUUUUUCUUACCCCAUCUUGCAGAAAAGAAAGCUCUCCUUCGACACUUGAGGCCAGCUGUCCGGACAGGUGUGGACGAAGGGGGGUGGGGAGGGGGGCAGUGCGUGGCCAAGCCCUCCUCCUGCCGUGUCUGACAUUCCAUCCCUGGGUGGAGACGGCCGUGCAGCCACCAAGAGCUAACGCUCGUUGUGGGGUUAGCACGUGUGUGUGCCAGGCACAUACCAAAGUGCAUUAAUCUUCAUAAUGAUGAAGUGGGUGCUAUCGUCAGACCCAUCUUACAGACGGGGCAACUGAGGUUCAGGGAUAAAGCACUACAGUUGCCCAGGGUCAGCCGACAGUAAGUACCAGGGAGUUUACUUUUGUACCCCCAGCCCUAAGUCACUGUUCUCCCUCUGAAGGGAAAAUUCACUAGGAUUAAAGUUUGUGGUUGAGGAAACACGUUGUAUGACACGUCU